CGACAAACAAACUCAAUUUGGGUUGAAAUGGCAGACGUCGACAUGGAAGAUCCGGACCCUAUUAAGGCAUCAUACGAUGUCUUCAUCAAACCUUACAUGUCCGGCACUCAACAGGUGUAUAUCCUCCAAUUUCCCAAUCGCGACUCGAGACAACAAUACUCGACGCAACACCAGUCGAAGCCUCUGAAGAUGCGUGUAAAGCCUGGUGCGGGUAUGGUUGAGCUUGAUGUGCCAAUGGACACCCACCACAAUUAUGACAAAGAGAAGGGCGUCAGAUGGGGCAGCGCGAUGAAGAAGACCAAAGCGAAUCACGGUCUACCUGGUGGCUUCGGAAUUGGAGGGUCGGUGAUUGCUGGGAGAAGACCUAACAAUGUCGAGGCCGAACAUAAGAGGCAACAAGAUCUCAUCGCCGACUUCGACCAUGCUGUUAGGGAGGAGCACGCCUUGGUGAAACAGACGUUGGGAGGACAAACAAUAUCAAGUGAAGAGAACACACCUCAGUAUAUGAUUGGGACUUUCGAGAAGGACCAAUUACAUCUUACACCAGUGGAUAACAUUGUCCAAAUGCGACCCCAGUUUCAUCACAUUGAUGCGCAGUCUGAACAAGAUCGCUAUGGCCGACCAGGACAACAAGGAAGACCCGCUGAAGCUCGAGCUGUUCAUAUGAUGGUAAAGUCAAAUAUCGAUGGCGAAGAAGAGACCACCGAUACCAUGGCUCAACGGAUCACGGCAGCGCAGUCAGAGCAAUGGAAGAGUCACAAGUUCAUCGACGAAGAUGAGGAAAUAGCCUGGGCUGCGUAUCAUAAAAGUCUCUUCGUGGGGGCUGAAUAUGGAGUUGAGGAUCGAAGCGAGGUAUUGGCACAGUUACCGAAGCUAUUGAGUGCUUUAGAUGACGAAGAGUACCUUGAUUUCAUCAGUGCUCCACGGGAUGCUGCAAAGUUAUCGAGAAGCAAGAAGAUCACGAGAAGCAAGAAGGGCAAGGAAAAGGAGACGGCUGCAGGGCCAGUGGAGAGUGAUGCGUCGAGCACGUUGUCAGAUUCCUCUGGAGAUGAGCGUGAAGUUGUUGCUCCGGCAUAAUGACUCUGUUGUCUUGCUUGCAUUUUCUGGAGCAGUCCAAAAAAAAGAUACCCCGCAUAGCCAAGAGCUUGCAAUGAAUUGAACGAAUGGCAAUAUCGUUGACUACAUACAACCCUUUUUCUUGAUACCUAGUUCGUGUAGCUUCUGAC